UCAGUAGAAUAAUAUUUUUUCAAAUACAUGUUUUAAAUCUUUCCAGAGCAACAAUAAAUACGAUGAAAUCCUGGAUUUUCUUUGCCCUCGUCAGCGCCGUCUUCCUCGUGGGGGCGGACGGGUCCCGAGUAAAGAGGAGCGGGAUGGACCCUAGUCGGGCAAGAUUUAGCCGGGAAAUCAAUAAUGUUUGUUGCGGGGAAACGCCACGUUGGCGUCACCAGGUGCUCAACUUCCCCGCGGAGAACCGAGUUUGUCGGUGUAACCCGCUUUGGGCCGGAAGCAGCCUGUAUAGAUGGUCCUGCACGGCUUUGCCACCAACCACGACCACGACGCGAGCAACGACCACGACAGUCCCAACAACAACUACCGUCGCCACGACGACGACCGUCCCCACAACGACCACUGUCCCAACGACGACGACCGUGCCAACGACGACUACCGUCCCAACAACAACUGUCGUCGAGCCAACGACUCAACCCUCAACCACCACAACUGCCAGAUUAGUAUUUCCUUGAACCACAACAUAUCAGAAAUUGGUGUAAAAAUGGAUCCACCCACCUGUCAAAUUUAUUUCUAUCAAUUGACCGAAACCUUUGAAAUUUUCCCUUGUUAAUUGACGCACGUAUGAAGAAUACAUUUCUUUUAAAACUUUGCAGAAUCAUAUUUCGGUGCAUAAUUGUUAUUACUUCGGUAUGAUCCGCCCAUCUGCAUCGCCCGUGCCAUCAACUUAUUCGUAAGUACAUUGUCUAUGGUUGCCGGUGACUAGAAUUUACUUAUAAAAUUCAAAAAAUAAAGCUGUUACAUCUUUUAUUUUA